AUGUCUACGGCUACGCAAGUACGAGAGUCACCGGAGCCACGCACAGUACGAGAGUCACCGGAGCCACGCGAUCUCGUUCAUUUGACGAAUGUGACAGUCCCGUUGCCGGAGAGAUUGAAUCUAAAAGGCAACUUGGCACAAAACUGGCGAACGUUUCGCAGAAGAUGGGAAUCUUUCGAGGUCUCGUCCCGAAUGACCAGAAGAUCGCACGAGGAGCGAGUGGCGACCUUCCAGCAAUGCCUGCCCGCAGAAGCUCUCGAGGUUCUGGACACCUUGCCCUUCGCAGAAGGUGAAGAUAGAAAUGAUAUGGCAGUAGUGCUUCGCCAUAUGGAAGCGUACUGCUUCAGCAAAACAAACGUGAUCUACGAACGGUACCAGCUCACGCAGCGAGCACAGAAGCAAGGUGAGCCUUUUGAUGACUACCUAAUUUCGCUAAGAAGCAUGAUUCGUGCAUGCAAUUAUGGUGCGAUCCAAGAUGAAUUGUUGCGCGACAAGAUAGUCCAUGGGAUACGCAACAAUGACACCCGUCAGAAACUGCUGCAAGAAGCUAAAUUAACGUUGGCGACCGCGAUAUCCAUAUGCCGUGCCGCAGAGUCGACAUCCGCACAAGCCAAAGCCAUUAGCUUUAGCGAUGACGUGCAUGCACUGACCGCGUACAGCACACGCAACAGGAGAAGACAAGCCACGGUAACCGCUAGGGUACCGCAGACAUGUCACUAUUGUGGACGACGACAUGACAGAGGUCCACGACAAUGUCCCGCACUAGGCAAAACAUGCUCAAAGUGUGGCAAAGCAAACCACUUUGCUUCCGUUUGCCGACAGAAACAACCACAAAAGAAGACAGCUUCCCCAAAACAACAGUACCGCAUACACCGUAUGGAAGACGACGAGUUAGACCAAACCAAUUACUUGAUGACAAUCACAUUGACCGAUACCAGAAACACGGAUACAGCCUAUUCUCUUCAAAAUAGCCAGGAGACACAUGUCAAUCAACUGUACGCCACAAUGACAGUCGGUGGGUGCCCAAUACGUCUACAAUUAGACACAGGUGCUACGUGCAACGUUAUCAGAAAGUCGGAAACUCCUCCAGGGACCGUACUACAGAAAUCUGACAAAGUUUUGUCUCUUUACAACAAAAGCAGACUGAAACCUCUGGGUAGGUGUACUUUGCCAAUCAUCAACCCCAAAACGAAGCAACAACACAUUGAGGAAUUCGUUGUUGUUGCAGACAACGAAGCAGCUACCUCUCUGUUAGGAGCCGGAGCAACGCAGCGACUAGGACUUAUCAGCGUACACCUCGACCACGUACGUACUGUCAAACACGAACAGACAGCACCUGGUUCUUGCAAACCGCAGACAACCACGGACACCACAUCUGACUUAAAGCAACUUCUUGCAACAUACGCAGAUGUUUUCGAUAGCAGCACUGUUGGUCAACUGCCUGGAAUGCUACAUUUAGAUGUUAACCCCACGGUACCACCUGUCAAAAUGCCUCUAAGAAAAAUGCCCAUUGCUAUACAAACACAGCUGAAAGACGAGCUGCAGCGACUGGAACGACUAGACGUGAUCGAACGAGUGGACACUCCAACCGAGUGGAUAUCUAGCCUCGUCGCCGUCAAGAAGCCGAACGGAAAACUCCGCUUGUGCAUCGAUCCCAAGCCCUUAAACAAGGCACUGAGACGCAGUCACUAUCCGAUGCACACCAUCGAUGAUCUGCUGCCUGAACUAUCGCAAGCCAAGAUGUUCAGCGUUUGCGACGUAAGUAAUGGAUUCUGGCAUGUUAAAUUAGACGAAGAAUCUAGCUUACUUACGACAUUUGAGACGCCAUUUGGACGCUACAAAUGGAAGAGGAUGCCUUUCGGUAUCUCACCUGCACCGGAAGUAUUCCAGCGACGACUAGACGAAGCCCUAGACGGAAUGCCCGGAGUGCAUACAAUUGCAGAUGACAUCCUGAUCACUGGAGUAGGAAGUAACAUGGAUGAUGCAACAGCAGACCAUGACCGCAAACUCCACAGACUACUUCAGCGAUGCCGCUCCAAAGGAAUCCGCAUCAAUGCCGACAAACUCAAGUUUAGGCAAAGCAAAGUUGCCUAUCUUGGACAUUUGCUCACAAUCGACGGUUUGAAGCCCGACCCCAGCAAACUUACAGCAAUACUAAAUAUGCAGAAGCCCACAGACGUUCACGGAGUGCAGCGCAUACAAGGACUAGUCAAUUACCUCUCGCGCUUUCUUAGCAAUCUGACCGAUUUGUGUGAGCCACUUCGCCAGCUCACACACAAGGAUACAGCAUGGAAUUGGACUGAUAUCCACGACAAAGCUUUCCAGAAAAUAAAAAACGCUAUUACUGAAGCACCUGUACUGCAAUACUUUGACCCGGCUGAGCUGACAACAGUACAAUGCGAUGCGUCAGAAACAGGACUGGGAGCAGCUCUCAUGCAAGCAGGCAAGCCGGUAGCCUACGCAAGCAGGGCUCUGACAACGACCGAACAAAACUACGCUCAAAUUGAGAAGGAAUUACUUGCAAUCGUCUUUGGGAUGGAAAGGUUUCACCACUACACCUACGGCAGACCAGUAUUGGUAGAAACUGAUCACAAACCUUUAGAAACUAUUGUCAAGAAACAUCUACAGAAGACACCAAAACGACUGCAAAGGAUGCUUCUCAGACUACAGCGUUACGACAUCACAGUUACCUACAAGCGUGGUACUCAGAUGUUUCUAGCUGAUACACUGUCACGAGCCUAUUUACCUACUGACAAAGGACCAUCAUCCAGCCAUUUGGAAGUGGUACACCAACAGACCAAUGUUGCAAUUGAAAUCGAACAUAUCAAUAUGGCGGAUUACAUACCGCUAACACCAGAGGCAAUAGCACAAAUCCAAGAAGAAACAGCGAAAGACCCUACAUUGCAACAGCUCAAGCUUAUAAUUCUACAAGGAUGGCCAAACAAGAACAACCUUCCACCGGAUUUACUUCCAUAUUACAGCUAUCGAGAUGAGCUAGUUGUGCAACAUAACAUUAUAUACAGAAAUGAUAGAUGUGUCCUACCAAAAUCGAUGAGAGCAAAUACCUUGCAAAAGAUACAUAGCUCACAUCUAGGCAUAGUUGGAUGUCAACGUCGAGCCAGAGAAUGCAUAUUCUGGCCCGGUAUGACUGCUGACAUUGCAGCUUAUGUCAGCCAAUGCAAAGUUUGUCAAGCCCUUGGCACACAGCAGCAGAAGGAAACGCUAACACCACACCAAAUCCCAAGUAGACCAUGGAGCAAAGUCGGACUGGAUAUCUUUACGCUUUCAGAUCAGCAUUAUCUGAUUACAGUCGACUACUACAGUAAUUUUUGGGAGAUAGACCGUUUGGACAGUAUGGACUCAGCCACGGUCAUCAGAAAACUGAAAAGUCAUUACGCAAGAUAUGGUAUUCCAUCAACAGUUGUAUCAGACAAUGGACCACAGUUUGCGUCAGAUAAAUUCAAAGACUUUGCCAAGACAUAUCAGUUUGACCAUAUCACUUCGAGUCCAGGGUAUCCCCAAUCAAAUGGGAAAGCAGAAAGUGCAGUCAAAACCGCAAAACAUAUCAUGGGAAAAGCAAAGAUCACUGGGUCAGACCCAUGGCUUUCACUGUUGGAUCACAGGAACACGCCAACAGCAGGAAUGCAAACUAGCCCAGCACAGCGACUGAUGAGUAGGAGAACCAGAACUCUUCUACCUACCACUGCAAAGCUACUGAAACCUCAGAUACCAGUCGAUGUUCUUCAGGAACUAGCAACACGACAAGCAAAGCAAGCCCAUUACUAUAACAAAACAGCAAAGGAUCUGCCUCGCCUACAACCUGGUCAAGCUGUCCACAUACAACCACUCAACGCCUACUACCACAAGUGGAAACCAGCAACCGUUCAGAGACAAGUAAACAUCCGAUCCUAUGAUGUCACUACAGAAGACGGACGACUUCUUCGGAGAAAUAGAAAACAUCUACGAGCAGCACCAGCAACAACAAAACCCAAACAACAGACAACACAGAUAACGACAUCACAACAAGGCAGAAUAACACCCGCAACGAUCUCCAAACACACAGAAACAACGAAUGUCGCCCGCAGCAAACGAGUUGUGAAACAACCUGCUUACCUGAAGGAUUACGUUGUCUAGACUUUACUGCUAGCUUAGCUAGAACAUUUUUUGGAAAGGGGAUGUAACAUGAGUAGACUACAUUGCGCAUGCGUAGUACAAAUACCACUAGUAUAUAAGCAGACACAGUACUUGUACACUU